AAUCCGUCCAGAUCUAAAUAAAUCCAACGCUGGAUAGAUAACCACGUAAUCCCAUAAAAAAAUCGGAAGCGAGUGGUUGAAAAAAAGGCCACGUGUCUGGCUGGAUGCAUUAUUAGGGCGAGGAUCCAACGGAGCGAAGAGGAAGAAGUGUGGGAUGGCGGAUUCGGAUAACGAAUCGGGUGGGAACCCGAACGGGAAGGAGAAGGAGCAGGAACGGUUUUUGCCGAUAGCGAACGUGAGCCGUAUAAUGAAGAAAGCGUUGCCGGCGAACGGGAAGAUAUCGAAGGAGGCGAAGGAGACGGUGCAGGAAUGUGUGUCGGAGUUCAUAAGCUUCGUAACAGGAGAGGCGUCGGAUAAGUGCCAGAGAGAGAAACGGAAGACGAUCAACGGCGAUGAUCUGUUGUGGGCCAUGACCACCUUGGGUUUCGAUGAUUACUUGGACCCAUUGAAGGUUUAUCUCCACAGGUAUCGCGAGAUGGAAGGGGACAAGACUUAUACUUCGACUUCUACUUCUACUUCUACUUCUACUUACGAUGACAACGUUAAUGGCAUGCUUUAUGCUUCUGCUGAUGCUGGGUUUCAUCAUAUGGGUAUUCCUCAGAACCCACAACAUGGUUCUAUUGGAAGGAGGACUAUGUAGUUAGGUGGUGGUACUAGGAAGUGGUGGAUUGACAAAAAAUGUAACCUUUGUAAUGAUAGAGUGCUAGUUGUCUUAAUUUGAGGGAGAACUGAUGGGAAGAUGUUUGUACUUUGUACUAUGUAUAUCUAUGUAAUCCAUUCAUGAAGCAUGUUUUUUUGAAUGGUUGAAAUCAAACCGUUUUCUUUUCCUCUUUUUUGAAUUGUUAUUCUUGUGGGAGUUUGGAAAAUCUGAGAAUGGCUUGAAAUUCAUCAUCAUCAUCAUCAAGUUGAGCAUUGGACAGUUUCUUUAUGUGAUUGUAAAUUAAGGGGUGAAGUUGCAAUGGUGUGCGCUUUUGUGGGAUAGAAAACCUGCCUUUCCAGUA